AAAAAACUGAUGUAAUUGAUUCAUAUUAUGAAUCACAUAUAUCAGUUUUUUAAUGUAUCGAAAAAAUUAAAUUUACUUAUAAUAGCGACAGAGUAAGUGUUUCUCUUAUCAGUAUUUCAGUAGUGGAGCCUGCUCUCUCUCUCUAAAUAUUCCAAAUACAUGCAUAUAAAUCUCUGCAACUCGACAAAAUAACCAGCUUUUGCUUUCUCAUACAACUAAUAUAUUAAUGUCUUCGUGUAUCUAGCUAUAGCAACUAGCAAGCACUGUAUUAGAGUCAAAUUAACAAACACCACACAGAGAGAAAAGGAAGAAGAAAUGGAAGGGGUGUUUUUCUUUGCUAUGAAACUUGCUUCUUCACUUGCUAUUGUUGGUAUUUUCAGUUGGAUACUUUAUAUUUAUGGCAAUUUGUGGUAUAAAUCUCAAAUGGUAAGAAGGAAACUACAAAUACAAGGUAUUAGAGGACCUCCACCUUCUUCUUUUCUACAUGGGAAUUUACCUGAUAUGCAGAAAAUUAAAGCACAAGUUAGCAUCUCCAAAGAUAGUGAUCAGUUUCUAGCAUAUGAUUAUUCUGCAGCUCUGUUUCCAUAUUUUCAACACUGGAGGAAACAAUACGGUCUAGUGUACACUUACUCCACAGGGAUGAAGCAACAUUUAUAUGUGAAUGAACCAGAUCUAGUGAGAGAAAUGAACCAAUGUAUCACUUUGAAUUUAGGUAAGCCUUCUUACAUAACUAACAAACUGUCCCCAAUGCUUGGAAAUGGCAUUUUGAGAGCCAAUGGCAACAGUUGGGCACAACAGAGAAAACUUGUUGCAGCUGAGUUCUUCAUGGACAAAGUUAAGGUUAUGGUGGGGCUUAUGAUAGAGUCAGCACAGCCAUUACUAUUAAAAUGGGAGCAACUUAUUGAGGACCAAGGAGGGGUCACAGCUGAAGUUAAAGUUGAUGCUGAUUUGAGAGGCUUUUCAGCUGAUGUUAUUUCAAGAGUUUGUUUUGGACAUUCUUAUUCUAAGGGAAAAGAAGUUUUCUUAAAGCUUAGAAGCAUCCAAAAAAUCAUGUCCAACCAUGGCUUCCUUUUUGACAAGAGUGGUUUCCUAGACAAAUUGAAAUUUCGGACGAAGAAGCAAAAUGAGAUAAGCAAUUUGGAGAAAGAGAUAGAGUCACUGAUAUGGGAGUUAGUGGAGGAACGUAAGCGAGAAUCUUCGUCAGAAAAGGAUUUGAUGCAGUUACUUCUUGAAGCAGCAAUGAGUGAUCAAAGUUUAGGGAAGGACUUUUCCAAGCAAUUCAUUGUCGAUAACUGCAAAAACAUAUACUUUGCUGGUCAUGAAACAACUGCUGUUGCAGCUUCUUGGUGUUUGAUGCUUCUUGCUUUAUACCCCGAAUGGCAAACUCGUAUAAGGACAGAGGUUGCUCAACAUUGCCCUAAUGGCAUACCGGAUGCAGAUUCUCUCCCUCUUUUGAAAACGGUGACUAUGGUGAUUCAAGAAGUGCUAAGGCUAUACCCACCAGCCGCCUUUGUAUCAAGGGAAGCAUAUGAAGAUGUCCAAAUUGGAAACCUAAAUGUUCCAAAAGGUGUUUGUUUAUGGACUCUGAUCCCAACUUUACAUAGAGAUCCUGAGAUUUGGGGACCUGAUUCAAAUGAGUUUAAACCAGAAAGAUUCAGUGAGGGUGUCUCUAAGGCUAUCAAGUUUCCACAAGCGUAUGUGCCAUUUGGAAUAGGGAGUCGGUUAUGCGUAGGGAAGAACUUCGCUAUGGUUGAACUAAAGGUUGUGCUAGCACUUAUUGUGUCCAAGUUCAGCUUCUCUUUGUCUCCUAGUUAUAAGCAUUCUCCUGCAUACAAUAUGAUUGUAGAGCCAGGACAUGGUGUAUAUAUUCUCAUUCAGAAGAAUUGAUGAAACAAAUUCUUCAACUUUAAUAUGCAAGCAUUUGAUUUCUUUUGGCUUAUGCUUGUGUUCAUGUUUAUGUUUAAUGCUUUUUUGUUAUAAAAAGAGUUUCUCCCUUGACUAUAA